AUGAACCCGCACUACCACGGGUACGCGGAGCUCAGCUCGCCACACCCGCCCUCGCCGGAGGCGGCUUUCGCUGCCAACGGCCACGACUACCCUCACAACAACAACAACCCAGCGCUAAAAGAAUGCGCGGGUUGCAACGGCAAGAUAGUGGAAAGGUUCCUCCUACACGCCCUCGAUAGAUACUGGCACCACGGCUGCCUCAAAUGUGCCUGCUGCGGGCAGGCUCUCGCGGACAUGGGCCGCUCCUUCUACUUCAAAGGCGGAAUGAUAUUAUGCAAAAGCGAUUACACAAGAAUGUUCGGCUCAGGGGGCGCGUGCGCAGCGUGUGGGCAAGCGAUCCCUGCCAGCGAGUUCGUGAUGAGGACGAAUGCUCCACAGCAGCCACUCCACGUGUUCCACAUAAAGUGCUUCGCCUGCUCCAAAUGUGGAUCCCACCUUAUGCAGGGCGAUAGGUAUUACAUGCUCGCGGGCUCACUAGUGUGCGAGCAGGACUGGCAGAAGCUGAUGAAGAGCGCUAACGCGACGGGGGCGCCCGGCGCGCCCAUGCGCAAGAACAAAGUCGGGCGCCCGCGCCGCUCGCGCGAAUGA